AUGCAUUUGCCCAGUUCUUCACUUUUUCAAAAGUUUGUCUCCAUGCCGGUCUGUUUUUCUCUCAGAGGAAGCCAUGCCUCUGUUGCAAGGCCUGGGCUGGGGUUGGGCUGUCAGCCAGUCAGGGUGGUGGUGCCGGCCGCUGCAUGGGGCAUGUCAGCGUUCGGUACACACCUGUCCUCUCCCCGGCGCGCCACCGCACCGGAAUCAACCGCCACCUCCGCGUCUCUCUCUCCACGUCGGCAUCUUCUCCGACCAGAUCAUUGCACGCAUGCAUAUACUACUACUGCAUGCAUUAGUCUGACCGCUCGGACAAAGCUAGCUAGCUCAACCAGACCAGCCACAACCGAAGCAAUGGCGCGGCACUUCGCGGCGGCGGGGGCGGGGGCGGUGCAGCGGUACUACUGCGGCGGGGCGUGCGACGGCGGGGACGACGGCGCGGUGCAGGCGAUGCUGCAGUGCCAGCGGGUGAGCGACUUCCUCAUCGCCGCCUCCUACCUCUCCAUCCCGCUGGAGCUGCUCUACUUUGCCUCCUGCGCCGACCCGGCGCCGCUCAAGUGGCUGCUGCUGCAGCUGGCCGCCUUCGCCGUGCUCGGCGGCGCCACCCACCUGCUCGCCGUCUUCUCCCUCGCCCACCCGCACUCCUCGGGCCUCCUCCUCGCCUCCACCGCCGCCAAGCUCCUCGCCGCGCUCGUCUCCUUCGCCACCGCCGUCUCCCUCGUCGCGCUCAUCCCGCGCCUCAUCCGGGCCAAGCUCCGGGAGGCGUUCCUGCGGGCCAAGGCGCGCCAGCUCGACCACGACCUCGGCCUCAUCCGCCGCCGCGUCGAGGCCACCUCCCGCGUCGUCCGCAUGCUCACCCACCGCAUCCGCAGCUCCCCGCUCGACGCGCACUCCAUCCUCCACACCACCAUGCUCCACCUCGCCGACGCCCUCGAGCUCCACAGCUGCGCCGUCUGGAUGCCCGGCCGCGACGCCGGCGACGACCUCCACCUGGUGCACCAGCUCAGCCUCAGGGGCAAGGGCCCCGUCCGCAUCGUGCUCGGCUCGCAGGCCCCCAUCUCCCCGGAUGACCCGGACGUGCUCGACGUAAUGGCAAGCGAGGCUGCCAAGGUGCUCAGGCCAGGCUCGGAGCUCGCGACGGCGAGCAGCGGCGAGCUCCAGCCGCCGGGAGCCGUGGCUGCCAUACGGAUCCCCAUGCUCAAGGUCUCCAACUUCGACGGAAGAAAGACACCGGUGGCGAGCUCAUAUGCCAUAUUGGUGAUGGCUCUUCGCAGCAAGGCAUCAGGCUCCGGUUCCAGAGAGUGGAGCGGCCAUGACCUGGAGGUUGUGCAGGUUAUCGCCGACCAGGUCGCCGUGGCGCUCUCUCACGCGGCGGUCCUAGAGGAGUGGCAGGCCAUGAGCGACAGGCUUGCCGAGCAGAACAGGGCCUUGGUGCACGCCAAGCAGGACGCGAUGAUGGCGACCGAGGGCAUCAACAGCAUCCAGAGCGCCAUGUGCGACGGCAUGCGAAGGCCGAUGUACUCCAUCAUCGGGCUGCUCUCCAUGGUGCGGCAGGCGGAGGACAUGCGCCCCGAACAGAGGCUCGUGGCCGACGCCAUUGCCAGGACGAGCACCCUGUCGCUGGCGCUGAUGAACGACGUCGACACGGAGACGUUGACGGUGAACCGCAUGCCGUUCGACCUGCGCUCCUUGAUGAGGGAGGCCAUGAGCGUCGCGGGGUGCCUGGCCAGCUGCGGCGGGGCUGGUUUCUCGUACCAGCUGGAGAACGCCUUGCCUGAGUGGGUCGUCGGCGACGAGACGAGGGUCUUCCAUCUCCUGCUGCAAAUGGCGGGUGAUGUGCUUGGUCGGCGGCGCGAUGGAGCAGGGCGUCUCUCAUUCUCCAUCAAAAGCUGCAGCGCGGACCAAAAGGAUUGCAUCCCGGUGUGGCCAAAUCUGUCUGCAGGCUGUAGCAUAUGUGUUGAGUUUCAGGUUGCCAUGGAAAGAUCAACUGGAUGCAGCCAGCCACCCAGCAGUCCGGCCGGCUCUCAGAUCAACAUGUGCAAGAAGAUUGUGCAGAUGAUGAACGGUACCAUGUGGUCGGCAUCGGAUGGCGAAAGCAUCACCCUCAUCCUGCACUUCCAGCUGCAGCAAUCACGCGCGUGCCGAAGAACGUCGUCGUCCAUCCCUCACUUCAAUGGCCUGAGGAUCCUGCUCGCAGACGGCGACCGCAUGAGCCGGGCGGUGACCCAGAAGCUCCUCGAGCAGCUCGGCUGCCAGGCCAUAUCGGUGUCGUCAGGCGCCCAUUGCCUGGCCUUGCUGGGGAGCGCCGGCUCCUCCUUCCAGCUCCUCCUCCUGGACCUUGACAUGGAUGCAUUUGAGGUGGCACUCCAGAUCAGGGGGCUCAAGAACAGGCGCUGGCUCCUCAUAGUUGCUGCUCUCGCCGUGACCGUCGACGACAGCAUCCGUGAGAUGUGCCGCCACUCGGGGAUAAACGGCCUGAUCCAGAAACCCCUCACGCUGACAGCGCUGGGAGCUCAGCUCCAUAGAGUCCUUCGGAACUGAUGAUGGAAUUAUAGUCAUCUCAUGCAUAAUGCCUUUUGUGUUUCCAUCACAAGACAAGGAGCUGAUCCACAAGCCUCUGAGAUGAUGAACAAGAGCUAAAUUGGCAAAAACAAGUAUUUGAUCAUUUGAUAUAUAGUUUCAUAUCAAUGAUGACUUUGCGCAUAAUUUGCGCAAAUGCAUUUCAGAAGAAUAAAACAUGCAAUGUAAUGCGCAAGAAAACGAUAGAGGUGUGGACUAAACCCGAAAAAAGGGGAGGGGCAGCAUACACUCACCAGUCACCAAGAUAGCAGCAUCAGCCCAAGCGCAUGAGUCCUGGGACAAAUAACAAGGAGCAGAUGAACCAGCAGAAUCCCCAACUGAUAAUGUUGUAUGCAUGUAUAUAAUGUCUUGUAUUGUCCUCUGUAGCGGUUGUAUUGCUACUUAUUGGCUAUUGCUGCUGCUUGCACGAUCAUAUCAUCAUCUGGCUUCCUCACUGAA